CUAUGGUGAAAAAUUCUUUGUUCGGGCACGUGGCUGGUUGGCGUUUUCGCAAGAGAAAAGAAAAAAUAUUACAAAUUCGAAUGUUACGCGGAAGUCCGGCAUAUCUCCCCACUUUUGGGAGCAACAUAAUAACCAAAAAAUAAAUAAAAAUUCUCCCCAUCUGAGAUGUCUCAAACAUGAAUGAAGGUAAUUCAGCAGGAGGGGGGCACGAAGGGCUAAGCCCGGCCCCUCCUGCUGUGCAAGACCGCGUUACGUUACAAACUACGGAAAAAUCAGCAGCAGCAACAGCAGCUACAACGCCCAAAUUAGUCACAACAUCUUCUUCACCCAGCUUCUCCUCCUCAUCAAAGGAGGGAAGUGGUAGUGGUAGCGGUAGCAGUUCGUCCAAUAACAAGCUGUUGCCCCUGCCACAACAAAAACAACAGCAACACACAGAGGCAACAACUUCUGGAACUGCCGUCACCGCAUCAUCCCAAUCCACUAAAGAAGCUUAUUCCACUUCACCACCGCAGGCCAAGCGUCAGCGUUUGGAUAGUGAGAGCAACAGCAGUAGCAAUAUUGUGGGAUCUUUAGUUCCAUCUAGCAAUAUAGUUGGCUCUCUAUUACCCGCCUCUGUGGUGGCCAGCCCGGAGGAGAUUGCUUCGCCAGCUCUGCAGGAUUUGAAUGCGCUCAAAAAGCGCAUACUUCAACAAAAAUUGCAGAUUUUGCGCAAUCUUAAAGAAAGGCAUCUUGAAAAUGUGUCCGAAUACUUUUACCUACAAAACGGCGGCAGUAUGAUGGACUACCCUGCGUGGCGUAAAAAGACACCAACACCGCAGUUCAUCAGCUAUAGCAAUGCGAAUCGUAUCGAUCAGCUGAUACAGCAGGAAGAGAAGCCAUCAACAUCGGCUCAAGCGGCACAAACAGUAUCAGCCCAAAAUCAAGUUCAAGUAGAAUUAACUACAGCUACGACAACAACAACACCACCAUCAACAAUAACAAACACAGCCUCAACAACAAGUGCAACUACAGGGACAACAUCAAACACAACAACAACAAACACAACAGCUACAACUACAACACAAGUUACUGUACCUGCUGAUGCAAUCAAAACGAAUACGCAAUCUCAAUUGCCGGCCAAGGUUGGCGCAGCAGCUCAGCCCACCUCCACUAAGCCCAAUAGUCCAGCAAUAUCUGCAGCUGGUGGUACAACGCCCACUGCUGCAACUACAACUACCAGCAGCAGUAUAGUGGCCGAUCAGCCGACACCGGCUGCUACCAAAACCACCUCCAGCACCACAGCUGUAGCCACCACAACCACUGGGAUUAGCAGUAGCAACAGUAGCAGCAGCAGCAGCAAUAGUAGUAAUAGCAGCAACAGCAGUGGUGGUAAUGUCCUGCCAUCCGAGGCAGAAAUUAAAAUACCCGCUGUUGGUGCCACUCCUGUGGCCAUAUCAACCAAAUUACCAGCUGCUGUGGUACAGCUAACACAACAAGGUGGUACACCCUUGGUACCCUGCAGUACGGCAGUGGGUUCAACCACACUGCGACGCACUGAUGGUCGGGGAGGAGGAGCAGCCACUCCACAGCCAACGACAACGUCCACACCCAUCUACACUGGCAAUGGACCUGGCAGUAGUACACCGAGUAGCAGUAGUUUGCUUAGUCCGGCGAAUGCUGGUAAUAGUGGCGGUGGCGGAUCGACAACCCAUCAGAAUACCACCACUGGCAGCGGCAGCACGGUUAACGCUAGCACCAGCAGCGGAGGCAACAACAACAAUGCCAUGACAGCUGCCCAGGAGUUUUCGUUCAAGGCCAAACAGGAGGUUUAUGUGAUGCAACGUAUAUCCGAAUUACAGCGAGAGGGAUUAUGGACUGAAAGGCGAUUGCCAAAGCUACAAGAGCCAAGCCGACCCAAAGCCCAUUGGGAUUAUCUACUCGAAGAAAUGGUCUGGCUGGCAGCGGAUUUUGCACAGGAGCGCAAAUGGAAGAAAAAUGCAGCCAAGAAAUGUGCCAAAAUGGUGCAAAAGUAUUUCCAAGACAAGGCCACAGCUGCCCAACGGGCGGAAAAGGCCCAAGAGUUGCAGCUAAAGCGUGUUGCCUCAUUCAUUGCACGUGAGGUGAAAAGUUUUUGGUCAAAUGUCGAGAAACUGGUUGAAUAUAAACAUCAGACAAAGAUCGAGGAGAAACGCAAACAGGCGCUCGAUCAACAUUUAAGCUUUAUAGUCGAUCAGACGGAGAAAUUUUCGCAACAACUGGCCGAGGGCAUGAACAAGACAACCAGUGGGGUAACGGAGACAACGCCAAGUUUGAAUUCCAGUCGCUUAACAUCGCCAAAAAGAGAAUCUGAUGAUGAAUUUCGUCCAGAGUCUAGCUCUGAGGAUGAUGAAGAGACCAUUGCCAAAGCUGAGGAAGAGGCGGCCGAUGUUAAUGAAGAGGUUACAGCAUUGGCCAAGGAAUCUCAAAUGGAUUUUGAUGAUUUUCUCAAUGAUUUGCCACCGGGUUAUUUGGAAAAUCGUGAUAAACUAAUGCAAGAAGAACAAAGCUCCACGGCCAAGCCAGAUGAUGGUGAUGAUGGCGAUAAUAGCGAUGAUAGCGAGUUCCAGGCCAAAGAGGCCAGCGAUGAUGAUGAGAAUACCAUUAGCAAACAAGAGGAGGCCGAACAAGAAGUCGAUCAUAAAAAAGAAAUCGAUGAACUGGAAGCUGAUAAUGAUCUUUCGGUGGAACAAUUGCUAGAGAAAUAUAAAUCUGGCAAAAUCAAUGAUGAUGAUGAUAAUAAACGGCCAUCAUCCAACGAACCGCCAAGUGCCAAAAGACGUAAAAUGGAACUCGACUCAGAUGAUGAAUCCACGGCUGUGGAAGACGACGAUUCCAGUGAUGAAAGUGAAGUGCCGAGUAGUGACGAUGACGAAGAAGAUCUGUCCACCAUUCAAACCGACACCGAACUGGAUGAAGCAGCCGAACAGGAUGAGGGUCUUAAGAGUUUAAUUGCAGAUAGUGAGAUUAAAAUUGAAGGAGGUGAAGCUGCUGCUGAAAGUAAGGCAACUACCACCGGCAAUAAAGAUGACAUGCUCAAUGAUGCUGCCGCUUUGGCCGAAAGUCUUCAACCUAAAGGCAAUACGCUCUCCUCCACCAAUGUGGUUACUCCUGUGCCCUUCCUACUCAAGCAUACGUUACGGGAAUAUCAACACAUUGGCUUGGAUUGGCUGGUGACCAUGAAUGAGCGUAAACUCAAUGGCAUACUGGCCGAUGAAAUGGGUCUGGGUAAGACCAUACAAACCAUUGCUCUGCUUGCGCAUUUAGCUUGUGCACGGGGCAAUUGGGGUCCACAUUUGAUAGUGGUUCCCUCAUCUGUGAUGCUCAACUGGGAAAUGGAAUUCAAGAAAUGGUGUCCCGGCUUCAAAAUACUCACCUAUUACGGCUCACAAAAGGAGCGUAAAAUGAAACGUGUUGGGUGGACCAAGCCCAAUGCAUUUCAUGUAUGCAUCACCUCAUACAAACUGGUUGUGCAGGAUCAACAAAGUUUUCGACGCAAGAAAUGGAAGUACUUAAUUCUCGAUGAGGCGCAGAACAUUAAAAAUUUCAAAUCUCAACGUUGGCAAUUGCUAUUAAAUUUUUCAACCGAAAGACGACUGCUGCUUACAGGAACUCCUCUGCAGAAUGAUUUAAUGGAGCUUUGGUCUCUAAUGCAUUUCCUAAUGCCGUAUGUCUUCUCUUCACAUCGGGAAUUUAAGGAAUGGUUCUCUAAUCCUAUGACUGGCAUGAUUGAGGGAAAUAUGGAGUACAAUGAGACAUUGAUAGCUCGUCUUCAUAAGGUUAUACGACCCUUUCUGUUGCGUCGUCUCAAAAAGGAAGUGGAGAAGCAAAUGCCCAAGAAAUAUGAGCAUGUGGUAAUGUGUCGCUUGUCGAAUCGCCAACGUUUUCUCUACGAAGACUUUAUGAGUCGUUCCAAAACGCGAGAAACUUUACAAACUGGCAACUUGUUGAGUGUGAUCAAUGUUUUGAUGCAAUUGCGUAAGGUUUGCAAUCAUCCGAAUAUGUUUGAAGUUCGUCCCACCAUAUCACCAUUUCAAAUGGAGGGCAUUACAUUCCAUACUCCACGAUUGGUCUGCGAUAUAAUGGAGUAUGAUCCGUUCACGGAAAUCAAUUUGCAAACGGUGAACCUUUUGUUGCUGCAACUGGAGUUAACAUUGACUGCGUAUGUCUCUCACAAGUCGCGUCUUCUGGCUCCACCUCGCAAACUGAUUGAGGAGGUGGAUACAGCACCACAGCCACCACCACGUUGUCCUAAUGGAAAAUAUCGUUUCCAUAUACGAGUGAGAAAUGCCGAAUUGGCUCAACGUAUUAAACUGCAAGCAGUUCGUGUGGGUGCCAGUCCAGCAAUGAGAAUGGAAGGUUCCAAAAUUGUACCCGUGCGAAGUUUGGUGCCCAGUGGACGUGUUUUGAAGCGAGUUAGUGGCUCCAUUAAUCCCAUAAAUAUGGCCCUCAAGCCAGUGGUGAUAAAUAAAGUGUUGGGCACAGCAACAACGACGACGCCUUCUACUACUCCAUCUGUAGCUCCGCCAGCUUUACGUUCGCAAAUAAAUGCACCAACGCCGGCUAAAGUGGCCAAAACAAUGCAAGAUGGCAAACCAUUUUUCUACCUCACACCUGCUACAAAUGUUGGAGGAUCGGGAGCUCGUUUAACACUAACCAGCAAGACGACAGCAGCAGCAAGCAGCACAACAACCCCUUCCACGUCACCGAGACCACAAGCUCCGCCGGCUCAGCAGCAACAACAACUGAGUAAAGAACCCAUUGUCAAAGAUUUAGCUAUUCAUGUCAAGCAGAGACAGCAGGGCUUGCUCGCAAAUGGCAAAGCAGAUGAUGAAUCUUGCUCUAAUCCUACUCCAGAGGCAGCAGAAGAUCCGUAUAAGGUGCAAGAAUUGAUUCAAAUGCGUAAAGAAAUGCGUUUGGCAUCGCUUAAGCGGAUGUCGAUGGUCAAUCGACGUCGCACAGAAGCCACACCCAUCUAUGGUGAGGAUUGUCGCUCGGCUAUUGAACGUUGCAUGCAGACAACGAGGACAUUGAAGCGUUCAACGUGGCAGACGCGAGGCUAUGCAAAUUGCAAUACGGCCAUGUUGCAUCGUUCAGACAGUUGGUCAUUGAAUGUAAUACUGAAAAGUUUUGAGCAACGUUGUCUGGAAUUGAGGCCGAUAUUUGCCAAUUAUGUAAUAUAUGUUCCUUCGGUGUGUGCUCCCAGAAUACGUCGAUAUGUUCAGAAUCUCUCGUCCACGCAUUGGCAGCAUGAGAGAAAAAUCGAGAAUUGUGUAGCCGAGGCAUUGUUACCCAAAUUGGAUCUCCUGCAUCCCAUUAUAUCGGCAAUGACAACCCAAUUCCCGGAUCCCCGCUUAAUUCAAUAUGAUUGUGGUAAGCUUCAGACUUUGGAUCGUUUACUGCGCCAAUUGAAGGUCGAUGGACAUCGUGUCUUGAUCUUUACACAAAUGACCAAGAUGUUAGAUGUAUUGGAGGCAUUCUUGAACUACCAUGGCCAUAUCUAUUUGAGACUCGAUGGCUCCACACGAGUGGAACAGCGACAAAUUUUGAUGGAACGUUUCAAUGGAGAUAAACGAAUCUUUUGCUUCAUACUCUCCACCCGUUCUGGUGGUGUAGGCAUUAAUCUUACCGGAGCGGAUACUGUGAUCUUUUACGAUUCCGAUUGGAAUCCAACUAUGGAUGCCCAGGCCCAGGAUCGUUGCCAUCGGAUAGGACAAACAAGAGAUGUUCAUAUCUAUCGCCUCGUUUCGGAGAAAACCAUCGAAGUGAAUAUCCUGAAGAAGGCAAAUCAAAAGCGUAUGCUUAGUGAUAUGGCCAUUGAGGGUGGUAACUUUACCACAACUUUCUUCAAAAGCUCUACCAUUAAGGAUUUGUUUAACAUGGACGAAGAGAAGGCGGAGAAGACAGAAACUGAAAAGGAGAAAAUUGUAACUACAGAAGUGGAGACGAUUGAACCACCGGCUAUUGUCGAUACCGAGAAGCAAUCUUUACGUGCCUUUGAACAUGCUUUGGCCGCGGCCGAGGAUGAGCAGGAUGUUCAGGCUACCAAAACAGCCAAAGCCGAAGUGGCAGCCGAUUUGGAUGAGUUUGAUGAGAAUAUUCCCAUCGCAGAUGAUGCCAAUCAAGAGGGUGGAUCAUCAAAUCAGCCAGUUGAGCUAAGCAAAGCGGAUAUGGAAAUGCAAAAUCUUGUCAAGCAGCUAUCGCCAAUUGAACGUUAUGCCAUGCGUUUCGUGGAGGCCACUGGAGCCGCUUGGUCAGCCGAACAGAUGCGUGCCGCCGAAGCGGAAUUGGAAGCACAGAAACGUGAAUGGGAGGCAAAUCGUUUGGCUGCCAUGCACAAAGAGGAGGAGUUGCUGAAACAAGAGACGGAACCAGCCGAGGAACAGCUUACGUAUAGCCGCAAGGAUUCGUCGAUCAAUCAGGUGUGGAUAUCGCGCAAUACCAUGGAACAGAUGCCGAUGUGGUGUCCACCUACGCCGCCGCAGGAUAACGAUGACAUUUAUAUAGAUCAUUCGUUAUCCUUUAUGUAUGAGCUAGAACCCAUUGCUGAGAUGGAUCUGCCUCCGGUGUAUGUGCGUAAAGAGCAUAAACGUUCACGCACUGAUGCGGGCGGCAAUGGCAGCUAUGCGGAUGGCAGUCGUAGACCCAAUAAAAUGCGUCGUGAGGAUAAUUAUGUGCCACCAAGAUCGCUAUUCGAUCGUCCCACAGCUCAGUUGGCGCGUUUACGUCGCGAUUUGAAGAGUCAGCGUUUCCGUGGCAGCUUCAAGCCCAAUUCCCCAAUACCAGGAUUGAAGCAACAGGUGCCAGUUAAACCACUAACCGAACCCGAAGCCAUGAGUGAAUGGUGCAUCUUCGAGGAUAUUGCCAUAUUGCAUGUUCUCAUCAAUUUGCAAGGUUUGCCAUGUAAUCUAAUGUUGCUGUCACCGGGACAAACACCAAAUUGGGAUUUGGUAUCCGAGUUGGUGAACUUUUGCUCGAAAACCUAUCGUUCGGCGCGUCAGUGUCGUUUUCGUUACGAGACUCACAUACAGACACGCGAGGAGAGUGUCAAGGCGGUAGAGAGUCCCAAGAAGCAAAAGAAAUUAAAGCCCACAUUGCGCACGGAAUACGUAAAGAGUCCUUUACGCUAUUUACGCACCACCCAACUCUAUUGUAGCGAUAACAAUGCUUCAUUUUUCAAGGUGAUGCGUUCGAGAUUCGAUAGCAUUAAGACGGCCUAUUUGAAGAAGGCUCCACCGCCAAAGCGUCAAUUUAAUGCACCAAGCCUGAUGAAUCCUAAGCAUAUGGAAGUGUUGCAAGAGUUUGGUAUACAUAAUUAUGAUCAGCCUGUAUCGCCCAUGAAUAUAGCCAUGAUGAAGGCCAACAAAAUGAGAGAAAAGCAACAACGUGGUGGCGGGCAACAGCAACAACAACAGCAGCAGCAACAACAGCAACAACAGCAGCAGCAACAACAGCAACAGCAGCAACAUCAACAUCAAAUGGCCCAACAACAACAACAGCAGCAGCAACAACAACCUCUACAGCAGCAACAGGCAACAGCCCAAGUGCAGCAACAACAACAACAAUUGACUGUAACAACUUCUACAACUUCAUUGCCUGUGCAACAGACUGUAGAACUUGUGCAGCAGCAGCAGCAACAACAACAAACCAAUAAUUCUACAGCCGCAGCAGCAACAACCGUUUCUGUGCCCGCCCAAGGGCAACUUCAGCAAUUACAAAUACAACAUUUGACAGCAAAUGUUUCAACUGGCCAACAGACAGCCAUACUUUUGCAUCAAACAACACCACAGCAGCAACAACAAAUGCGCACGGGUCAGACGACAACAACCCAGCAAUUGGUAAAGACGAUAGUGGGAACCUCAUCGAGCCUUAUGGCCGGCCAGCUGCAACAGUUGGCCGCUGCCGGUGGCAAUGCAACAACGGGACCCACAAGUGUCAGUGUGGUGCUAACCACACCGGUUCAAACACUGCCAGCUGUGGUGCAAACUCAAAACCAGAGUGGCGCCCAAAUCGUGUCCAUCUCAUCGCAGACAUCGUUGCCAGUUAGCAGUGCCCCGCAAUUGGGUAGUAUUGUCCAGACGCAAACCUUGCCGCAGGUGGUAUCAGUUGGUUCUGUGCUGACCACCACAGCCAGUCAGCAGCAACAGACGACAGCAGUUACCACAUUGAAUGCGGCCAUGCUUAGGGGUCAGAGAAUAGUUUCAGCCGGACCGGGAAAUACGGUGCAGCAACGUACAACGGGCACAGGGCAAUCGAUUGUAUCUAUGCCCAGUUUGGGGCAAAAUGUUGGGCCCCAAUUCCAGACGCAUGUGCGUUUGGCAGCUGUUCCCGCCGCUCAGGCAGGCAAUCAGACAACCACUCAAUUGGUGACCACCAAGGGUAUACCGGUGAGUGCCCUGCAGCAGGGUGGCAAGACUGUGAUCCCUGGGACUCAACAGCAACCAGGUGGUGCUCAUAUUCAACUCUAUCGCCAGCGAAGUCUCAAAGUGUUGCAGACAACGGCAGCGCCCCAAGGCGGAGCCACUGCAACGGCCGGCGGUGUGGCUGGUGGGGCCGGAAAUAGCGGUAAUCUGACAAAUCCAACUGUUGUCCAGACAGCUGGCACUAUUAUCCAAACGAGUAAUAUGCCCACUCAUGUGACCAGCCAAAAAGUGGCUGUGUCUGGAAUGCCAGGAGCAACCACAGUGCAGGCUGGAAAUGUGGUUAGCAGUGUGCAGAUGCAUCAGCAGGCGCGAACGCAGCUUAUCAAGCAAAUGGCAGCGAAUAAGCAGGGUCUACAGCGCCAAGUGGUUUCGGCGGAUGGAACAACAACCACGGCAACAACAACAACUGGUGGCGAUAUGUUGCUCGUGAAAAGGCAUAAUAUUUUGGCCCAAAAGGGACAACAGGGUACGGCAUUGUUUACCACGACAACAGCCGCCGCUGCAGCAGCAGCCAAUGCUCAACAGCAGCAGCAGCAGCAACAACAACAACAGGGACAAUUGCCAGUCGCCGGUCAGCAGCAGACACAGCAAGUGUCACAGCAACAGAUUGCAUCCCUGGUCAAGGCGUCCACGGCAGCAGCGGUCAGUGGUAGCAGUGUUAGUGCCGGUGGCGUAACUGUCUCUGCCACGGGGCCACCCAACAUGGCUCUGCCACAACUUAAGCCGGGUAGUCAAAUAAAAGUAACCAUGCCACAGAAUCAGGUGCGUCACUUGCAAAUGCAGCAACAGUUGACCAUGCCCCGUAAGAUCAGCCGCAUGACCACCAACAUAGUGGCCACACAGCAGGCGCAACAACAACAAGGAGUUGGCGGUGCCACUGUUGCCGGAACUCUGCCCACCGUGGCCUCAGCGCAACAGCAACAACAGCUACAGCAGCAGCAGCAGCAACAACAACAGAAAGUCUCCGGCGGUGGCAGUGUUCAAGCACAACUAUUGCACAUACAAAACACGAAAGCUUUGCCCAGUUCGGUGACGGUUCAGCAAAUCCAACAGGUAAUGCGUAGUGGUCAACAGGGAACAUUGGCCACCAAUCUGGUGCUGGGCAAAACUAGUGUCGGACGUGUAAUACCCGUUUCGGUGGCCUCGCAGGCCAAUCAACGUCAGACCAUACAGGUGGUUUCCGCUGCUUCAGCCCAGGCCUUGGCUGGAAAUCUGCGCACUCAUGUGUCAGGCCAGAAUAUAGCCAGCGCUUUAAAGGUGGCGUCGGGUGGUGCCGCUGGUCAAGUGACAACCCAGCAAACUUUAAUUGCUGCCCUUCAGCAUAAUCAGAGGCAGAAUGCCAGUCCUGUGCGUCUUCAGACCACAUCUGGUGGUAAUCUUUUGGCUGUGGUUCAGCAACAACAGCAGCAACAACAACAGCAGCAGCAGCAGCAACAACAGCAGCAGCAACAGCAAAACAUUGCUGGUGGACCUACAACUGGUCCAGCUGAAGUGAUGACCAUUACCACACAAACCACACAGACUACUUUGCCCACUGUUCAGCAGCAGCAGCAGCAACAACAACAGCAACAGCAACAGUCGGGAGGCGUGUCUCAAACCACAACGCAACAGGUACGCAAGCUGGUUCAUAAAAAGAUCAUGAUACGCAGCGAAAAAGAAUAGCAUUUGGCCAAUAAAGCCGCCAAGGCGCGUCAUCGCCGAAGCAUGGCCAAAGCCAACGCCGCCUCCACUUCCACCACUAGUUCCUCUUCCUCCACCAUUACCACUUCAACCAAUACCACACAUUCAGACACCACCACCAUAAACACAACAACCACAACAAGUGCAGCAACAUAAAACAAAAUUUUCAAAUCAACAAUUUUUUGGCCAACAAAAAUCAUUUCACAAAUUCGAACGAACUUCAUGUUCUCAUCUAUAUAUAUCCCCCAAACAAUCAAUCAAUCAGUCAAUAUCCGCCUGUCUGUCUGUCUGUCAGUUAGUCAUUGCUAAAUUGAUCUCAAUUUAUAUUUGGAUUGGUUUUACAGCCAUUGUGAGCCAUAUCUGAUUGUGAGUUUGGCCUGGUAUGGGCCGAUUGAUGAGGAUCAUCCUUCUGUUGGCGCUCUCAGCUCAGCUCAAGGCGUUGCCGGCGGCUUUCUUUUUUAAAUGAAAUAUAUAAAUAUAUAUAUAAAUGUACUAUCUUUAAUUCUUAAGUUGUAAUCUGUAAUUAAACUUGUAAUUAUUUAUAUAUAUAAACACAAAAAAUACAUACACAUACUUACCUAUACCACAAUUACAUGGAUACGUAUAUGUAAACUAUAUAUAGAUAUAUAAUUAAAUAUAUAAAUAUUCCUUCCUUGAUAAUAAGUUCUUACCCCUUUUCUCCAUAGUGUUAAAUAUUAAUUAGAAUAUGCGUAAAUCUAGAUGUAAAAUUUUUAACUUAUGAUCCUAGUAUUAUUAUCUAAAGUAAAUACAAUUAAAUAAAAUAUAUAUAUAUAAACAUGUAAAAAA